GUAUGUUGUUAGAUACUUUGUUGGGACAAGGCAUUGAAGAACGCCCUUACUUACAUGCAGCGUUUGCUUAGGAAACACCGGCAUCCCUUUUUGCUACCGUCUGGAGCCUCUCUACCAAGUGAAUGUGUUUAUAUAGUACUCAGAAAAUGAGUGUGACUUCACUGUGACUGCAAUUAAAAGCCGGGCUUCCAAAUGGACCUCGAACUUGCGCCGGACGAUGCUGUGCCGGAGCCACCGGCUCCCAGGAGUAAAACCUAUGUACGCGAUCGCUACAAGGUUCACGGAUGGGCAACGCCCCCUGGAAACCUGGUGGCUGUGUACUUGGAGGCAUGUGAGCGGCACCGCGUUCCAGCAAACAGCGCUGUGAUAGCCCAGCUUCACCGGCGGGUCCGCCUGAUGCAGUCGGGCCCCUGGCAGAGGGUAUGCCCCCCCGCCUCGGAGCCCCCCACCGCCUCCCCAUCCCCUUCCUUCUCCACCCUCCAGCCCACCCCACUCGAACCCAGCGGUCCCCCUUCCGCCUCCGCCUCCCGCCUCUACUCCACCUCCUCCCCAGCCGCACCCUCCGCACCUACCCAGCCCCUCUCCGCCUCCUCCUCCGCCUACCCGCUGGGCCCAGUCAACUCCCAUGAAGCUCGCGCCGCGGCGGCCCAAACCUGCAGUGAGCUCCGAGACCUCAUUCUGUCGCAUGUGUACCCACUGACCCUUGGGUCACCCGCGCUGCGCCCCGGCACCGCCGGCGGCACGGCGGCGGCCAGCGAGCUGCAUGCGAGCACACUGGGCAGCGCGGCGUUCGCGAUGUCGGGGGGCGGCGCGGAGGGACCGCUGUACGCGGCACGAGCGGUGUCGUACGUCUGUCAGCUGGUGGAUCCAAGGACCCCAUGGGAGCAGCUCCUCUCCUCCGCCGGCCUGCCCCCCGGCUGCCACGUGGUGAGUGAGGCGCAGUUCCGCUGCCUGCUGGAGACCGCCAGCGCGGCAGCGGGCAGCGUGGGGGAGCUGCGGCAGGCGGCGCUGGAGGUGCUGCAGCGACCCGUGGGUCACAACACACUGGAUGUGGAGGGCAUGCUGGGGGCGCUGUUCGACUACCUGGAUGUGACCGGGCAGGGCUCCCUGCCCGCCAGCGAGGUUCGUUCCGCGGUGGUCGCCUUCAGCCCGGGGGCGGCAGCGGACAUGGAGGGGCUGGCGGGGGAGGAGCCGGUGCUGGGCAGGAGGGGGCAUGAGCUGGUGAGUCGUUCCGAGUUCGUGUCGCUGCUGGCGGCGCUGGCCCCCUCGCUGGCGCCCCCCGGGUGUCCCAUGGGUCGGCUGCGGGACCAGGUGGAGAUCGCCGUGAACGCCAUGAUGGAAAACAAAAUACGCGACCCCUACGUGUACGACUUCUCCCGCUGCUAUCUGGGCCCCCGGGGGCUGCUGCCGGUGCUGGACGCGCUGGGGGGCGACGCGGCGUUCUGUGGGCUGGGUCUGGCGCACUGCGGACUGGGGUGCGGUAGCGCGGAGCUGCUGGCGGGCUGGCUGAGGGGCCACCCCUGCCUGACCUCGCUGGACCUCUCCCACAACCUGAUCGGGGACCGAGGGGGUCUUGCGCUCACCCGCCUGCUGCGGGAGAACAGUCGCAUUGUGGAGCUGGGUAUUGGCUCCACUGCGCUGCUGCCGCCCCGCCCCAGCCGCACGCACCACUGCUCGCUGGGCCCCUCCGCGUGCGAGGACGCGGGGCCGCUGCUGGCGGCGCUGGGGGACAACCGGGCGGCGAGGAGGAGCGCGCCGGGGGAGAUUGUGAGGGCCCUCCGCCAGCACGGUCCCGAGCUGCGAGCCAUGUGCUACAGCCUGCUAGCGCGGGAGGAAAGCAACCGGGCGGCAGCAGCAGCAGCAGCAGCAGCGGGGGCAGGAGGAGGAGGCGGAAGCAGCAGGAGCCCCAGCCCGGUAGCGGCAGGGGGGGCAGCAGCAGGGGGGGCAGCAGGUGGCAGUGCGCUGCCCCGGGACGGUCGAGUGCCUCUGGAGUCGCUGCGAGCUGCGCUGGGGGAGGUGGUGGCGGAGUGGGGGUUCACGUUGGAGGCGCUGGAUGAGGUCCUGCAGCACGAGCGGCUGCUGGGCACCGCCACCGCGGGUCGCACCGCGGACGCCAGCGGGCGGCUGGGGGUGAGCUGGGCGGAGCUGAUGGCCUUCCUGCGCGCGGAGGACAGGACGGGGCGGGUGGCGCGCGCCUUCAGGAACCGGCUGCCGCAGGCCAAGCAGAUCUUCUACAGCUGCGUGCCGCAGGAGGAAUAUGCGGGCGGUGCUGGGACUGGGUUUGGAGGAGGAGGAGGAGGGGGGCUGGGUGGGGGUGGUGGGGGAGUGGGUGGGAGUGGGGUUGUGAGCAAUGGCGGGUCGCCGUACCACAUGGUGAACCGUUACUACCCAACUGCCGGCGCGGGGAGCGGCGUUGGUGUUGGCGUCGCCAGUAACGCCAGCAGCGGCAGUGUCGGCAGCGGCGGCGCAGCAGCGCCUGCACUUCCACCUCCGCCUCCGUUGGAUAGUACGGCAGUGGUUUCGGGGCCUCGUACCGCCUUGUCGACAGUACGACAAGCCAUCAUUGCGGCGGCAUCUCAGCCGGGGAGCGGCUGGGACGUGUCGGAGGCGGAUUUGGAGGCGGUGUUGAGUGUGGGGUUCCUGCGGGCGCACAUGGGGGCAGCGGAGGCGGGGGGUAUGCUCAUGACGUCAGCUGGAGCUGGUACGGCAGGAGCAGGUGGUUCUGUCGUAUUCCGUACGACAAAUGGCGGCGGCGGAGGAGGCGGGGUUCGUGCGGGCGCGGUGGUGGGGCCGGAUGGCUUGUUGGUUCCGGAGUGGAGGCUGGGCACGGCGGGGGCGGGUGCGGGUGUGGGGAGGGGGACUGGGUUAUCAGCUGCGUCAUCCCAGCAGCAGCUGCAGCAGCAACAGUCCUCCCAGCAGCUACCGCAGCUGCUGCAGCAGCAGAGCUCCCAGCAGCUGUCGCCUCCUCCGCCGGUUCCCAGUGACAUGCUGAUAAGCUGGCCCGAACUCUGCAACACACUGCUCUACCUCUUUAACCGGUAGCUCCUUCCCCUCACCUCCCGCGUGCGUGGAGAACACUGGUUGCGAGCAGGAACGUACGGCACACCCCAAAUCACAACGGGGAGGCAUUGCUGUGGGUGGCAGGAGUUGUGGGAUACAUGUGGAAGGAGGGGAUGACCGAGCCAUGACUGUAAUUUAUUGCAGGGGAAGGGUGGGAGGGAUGAGUUGGUGGGAAAGCACGGGGCGCCGAGGAAGGGUUAGGCGGUGUGGUGCAUGGAUGGAAGAUGGUGGGUCCUGUGGAAGGAGGGUAGGGGUUGAGGGAGGAUGUGAUAUGGACGCCAAAUGCUGCUGGGGCUACGAAGAUCCCGGUCGACACUCGGCUACUUUAUGUACCGGUCUUGGACGUUUUGACUCUUCACAUCAGGAUUGAAUACGGGGGAUGGCUUGGCAGUUGUGUUAUGGCCCUUAUUAAGGGAGAAAGUAGAGUAUCAGGAAUGUGUUGUUGCGAGAGAUAGAACAUGUUUGGUGCCUAACGUUGGAACGGAAGGGCCUUGCGGUAGAAGGUGAGCCAAGCAGCACGGAGUGCUUUGUUGUCGGAAGAUUGUGGAUUGGGGAUUGCGGCUGCGCGAAUUUGCAAGAGAAGGUAUCUCGACUCGUUGCGUCUGCAACGUGCUUCCGGACAAAUACACGUUAAGGGAAAUAUGCGCGCCGAUUCUGCUGUAUCACUUUCUAAGUCAUGAUCACUGCGAAACACCUGAAGAGAAAACCGCUAACGAUACCAAAACCAUUUGCAUGUAGUAACCAAUGAAAUAUAUAGCACCUAUGGCG